AUGUCCGACCACCUUUGGUGCUCUUUGAUCUCUACCAUUCCUCCCAACCCUGAAGCCAUGCCCGCCGUGCUCCAGUCUACCAUUCACCUGCUCGAGUCUGAGCUCGUCAAAGCCCGCACCGCUCUCCAGGAGAUUCAACCUCAUGCCUUGCCCCCACGCAUUGGUGACGAGGUCGCCGUCGGCGCCAUGGCCGCUUAUCGACAAAAUCUCAUCGGUCGUGCCCCCGAAUUUUAUGGCUCUCGUCGUCUGACCCUCAAAGAAUUGGGUCUCGAGCCCGUAGUGCGUGAACUGCUUUCGGAUGAGAUCGUCUCGGAGCUCGUUCCCCAGUCUAAGCCUGUUCCUUUUCGCCGAGCGCCUCUUGAGGAAAUACUCACCAAUAGUCUAAUACUCGAUCACAUGGCGCCUUAUCUCUCCGUUCCGUCCUUGAUGGCCCUGUCCAUGACGUCGCGACACCUCCACAAUAUGAUCAUCAAGACUCCGUACAUAUUCAGACAUCUCGAUCUGACUCGCUGUCGAGGCGCUCAGCUUCCCACCACCUUGCAAGCAGAUGAUUUUCAGACAGAGGACGAGGUAUAUUCGGCUCCCUUGCGCCAUAUCUUCUCCAGCCUCGGAAAAAGAUCCGUACUACAGGAUGUACGCACAUUGGUUUUGGACGGCCUCUCAGUCCCGGCCGAUCUGGUUGCCGAUAUUAUCCUCACCGACCGGUUCAACGUCAACAUCCUUUCCAUCCGCGAAUGUCAUCAUCUUAACGAGCAUAAGCUCAUGCAGGUGAUUCAGCACGCGGUCCGGCCCACGCGCCCCGACGGGACUCCACGAGUCAAAGGCAUUUAUGUAUUCUCCCCAAUGCAGAAGCCGCCGCGCCCCGUAGUGCGGCGCCGUUAUCGAGACUGGUGGGGCUCGCGGGUGGGGAGCUCACGGAGCCCCAGUCAGAGCUCGUCGAACAGCUCGUCUGACAACGAAGACGAAGAUACGGUAACCCACCCGAGACGGCAGCAGCAGAAUGAGUGGUAUAGUCCCACUGGCAAGGUCUUCAAACACGCCUUGGAGGAGGGCUGGGCACGAACUCUACAGAAGUGCGAAGGUAUCAUCGCCUUUGAUGCGGUGCUCUGUCGCGGGCCGCGGCACGAUGUCAAUCGAUAUACAUCGGCGAACGAGGACAACCCCGCACCCGAUGCCCCUCUGCUUGAACCGGCUGUGGCUACGGUGGCUCUGGGGCCUCGUGGCUGUGAUGGAUGUCAUAGUUCCCCCGAGGGUCCGGCGAUCUGGGGUCAGUCCCCGGACGUCCACUUUCCACUGCUGAGCCCGAUGCCAUUGCACGUCUCGAGUAUCGCGACCGCGAAACGACCCGAAAUGAUACCGGGCAAGCAUCCGUUCCUCAUUGCGCGUUGCACGGACUGCCUCACCGAUCGUUGGUGCCACCGCUGCAACAAGUGGUUCUGCUCCAACUGUCUGCCCAAUCCGCAGCAUGUACGGGCCAAUCUGUCGCCACAUCAGACCGCCGUACGACCAGAGGACCAAAAUGGGCCUCGGCUUCCAGAUCUAGAGAGACUCGAGCGAGGUGUUCGCAAAGACUGCUGGGAAUGCGGCCCUACCUGUGCUUAUUGUAAACUGGACUGCCAGCACACCUGCCAGAGUUGCCGGGGGGACUAUUGCAUCGACCAUAACGAGGGCUGCUCCUCGACGAUGUGUGAUUGGUGCAACACCAGUGCUCGCCACCGCAUGCGAAGUUUCCAUUAA